GUGGACAAGUACAUCCUUGAAUUGGAAAAGGCCACCACUACCUGUCCCAAGAUGGGUAUGAUUACAUUGGAGGACUGUCCUCUGCACCCGGACUACACGAACGAGAUCUGCCACGUGGAGGUUUAUGUCGUUCCGUGGACCGGAGAACGCGAAGUGCUGGAACAGGGCUGCAGACAGAAACCGGCCAAGCGCUUCUUCAGCGACAUGAUCCAGGUUGACCCUUCGGACGGUUCUGCCAUGGCUGCAGCUCUCUUCGCCGUGGACCAACUCAACGCCGGGAGCGAUUCCCUGUACCUCAGCAAGCUGCUGCGCGUGAACAGCGCACAGAUGAGGGUUGUAUCAGGCAUUACCUACUUUGUGCAACUGGAGAUGGGCACGACUGUCUGCGCCAAGGGCGACAACCAGAUCCUGGCUGACUGCGAGUUCAGCUCGAACGCACAGUUCCAGGCGUGCGAUGUGAGUGUGUACAACAGUGGGAAUAACUUUUUGAGGCUCACCAGCUCGUCCUGUAGGACCCCGCGGUCAAAGCGGCAACUGAUGCCAGGCGGUCUGAACGGAGGACAUCACCCCACGGACACCAACAGCCAAAAAGUGUUGGAGAUGGCAGCCUUCGCUGUGGACACCAUCAACGAUCAAAGCAACUCCAUGUACCUCAGUAAACUGGUCCAUAUCCACAGUGCCAGCACUCAGGUUGUUGCCGGUAUUAACUACCACUUGGAACUGGAGAUCGGUGCCACCACCUGCUCCAAGGGAGACUCCGCCAGUCUAGAGGACUGUGACCUCGACCAGAACGGACGAGUUGAGAUCUGUAUGGUGACUGUGUUUGACCAAUCUUGGACCGGGACCCGUGAAGUCACCUCAAUGACCUGCAGCCCUAAGGUUGCUGUAAAGCGGCAGUUCAUGCCGGGAGGACUGAUGCCUGCAGACACUAACAACCAAGGCAUCCAGCAUCUCGCCUCGCUGUCAGUGGACCACAUCAACACCAUGAGGAACGCUCCCACCCUCAGUAAGCUGGUGGAGGUCACCAGCGCGCAGUAUCAGGUUGUGGCAGGUAUGAAGUACUACCUGACGAUGGAGAUCGGCACCACCAGCUGCUCCAGCAGCGACAGCACCGUCCUGUUGUCCGACUGCGCCGUCCUGCUCGGUGGCGGGCGCGAGAUGUGUGACGUAGAAGUGUUGGACCAGCCGUGGAUCGGGGAGCCACAGGUCCUGAACUUCUCCUGUACGCCCAAACAGCUCUUUCCGUGAGAGCAUACUGGACAUCACCAAGGGCCACUACAAACAUGAGGAAACUGUUAUUCACAUAUGAACAUCAUUGUUCCAAUUGAUAUCGCAUAUAUAAUAUUGUUCCCACGUCACAUUUUUCAUGCAUGAUGACUCGAUAUAUUAUUUGGGUUAUCUUUAAUUAAGAAAUGCUAGUUCUGCCAAAGAUACAGUCAAGUGAUGUACGGCGUCGCGUGUAGCCCUCAGUAAACUGUAAGUUAUGGUGCCGUAA